UUUCUCACGUGACUUGAGAGGAAAACCUCAAACAAAAAAAACGUGACUUGAGAGGAUUGGAUGAGGCGCGCCGCGUGCGGUGGCCGACGGCGAGAAGGCGCAAGCAAGCAAGCAGCGACACGCCCUCGCACUCGCGGCGGCGGAUUCGUGGACAGCAUCGCCAGACAGGGGCUCGCGGCGAGGCGGCCGGCGGUCUGCGGCAUCCGUCGCCCGGCGCUCCGCGUCCUCCGCGGUGCGGCGCUGCAGCAGGACGGGAGCUCUGACGCAGCGACCAACAUAAGGAAAAUUCACAGGGUGUGAAUCUUGUGGCCACCGGCUAGCGGGACGGAGCCGUGGCACCUUGCGCGCGACCUGUUCGACAAAUUGCCCUGGCCGAGCUGGUCUCCUCGUGCUGUGGCAAUGGCGUUGCUAGGCGCCACCCUCGGCCGGCCACCAUUGUCGUGUCCCUCCACCCCCAGCUCGCUGCCAUUCAGGCCUAACUGCUUCCAGUUCCCUCGUCCGUGCCACACAGGUGAGCCACACCGGCGGAAUGCCUCCCGGCUUCUCUCCGUGCCUUUAUCCACUGGCUCAGGCCUAGCUGCCAGUGUCAUGUGCUGCUUCCUCUCUGUCUUUCUGCGCGCAGGCGUGGUGGCACACCGGCGCAGAGCGUACCCAAGGAUCGAGGCCACGGCGAGGCACGGCGCGCGGAAGGAGAACGCCAAGGUCAGAAACCGCCGGCUGCAGAAAAAGUACAAUGGCACGGCGACCAAGCCCAGGCUGUCAGUCUUCUGCUCCAACAGGCAGCUCUACGCCAUGCUCGUCGACGACCACGGCAAGAAGAUCCUCUUCUACGCCAGCACCCUGCAGGAAGACAUCUGCGGCGACCCUCCAUGCAGCACCGUGGAGGCCUCUCGGAGGGUCGGGGAGGAGCUGGUCAAGGCGUGCAAGGAGCUGGACAUCUCCGAGGUCUCGUGCUACGACCGCAACGGCUUCGCUCGAGGGGAGAAGAUGAUGGCGUUCGAGGAUCCGGUCGCGCAGCACGGGUUCCUGCCCAGAUAGCAAAAUUAUGAGAUCCUUGGGAGGCUUGCACCAGCUGCUCAACGUAGCAGGCUAUUUGGUGAAGAGUAGGAGUGUAGCCUGCAGGAAGUUCUUUGCUCUGUGAAUUGCUUGAUGUAUGAUUCAGAGCAUAUAGCUCGGACUACUUGGUAUUUCACAGCAUGUUAUUAAGCUAGACAAUCAUCACCGAGAAUCAUAAAA